CACUUGGCCAAGCAGAUGAGACCUGAUCGUUGCUACCAAAAGAAGGAACCGGAAAAAAACGAUUGGCUGCGAUGGAAGUCAAAGUGUUUGUGGACGGCCUCCCGCGUCUGGUUUGUGGAGUUACAGACCGGACAACAUGCCAAGACGUGGUCACGGUGUUGGCUCAAGCCUUGGGCCAACCAGGACGCUACAUGCUACGAGAGUCCUUCAAAGACUUUGAGAGGUGCAUGAAGCCGGACGAGCGCCCCUUGGAGACGCUUAAGAAGUACGGGGAACACAACAAGGAGGUCCAGUUCACAUUGCUCCACAGCGGACCUUCAUUCGGGGAUGAAAUGAGCCGUACCAAAGUGGGUCGACACCAGCCUUUCCCGCCGCUGAGGAGGAAGGACGCCGUUGCGAAGUCGUGGCGACGUAGCGGGUCGCUAAGUCUGCAUCGGCAGAGUUUACCGCUGUCCUGUUUGAAGCGGGACACCGAGCAGGAACAUGAGGACCUAAAACGACCCAAGAGGAAGUCUUUGACAUUAAUGGAGGAGGCUUGGGAAUGGUUGGAGUCUUUGGGGAAAACACAGGUUUAUAGCACCGUCAGCGAUAAGGACGGCGGAAAGAAGACGGAUAAAAAGAAGAAAACGUUUUUAAGCGUCACACUCUCGGCCGAGAAACAGCAAAUGAGAGGUCACAGGAACUUAAAAACCGACUUGGAUCACCAAACAACAUGCUGCAUGGGGACAUCACAGAAAGCUAGAGAAAGCAAGAACACCUUCUCCAUCUCAAAUGACGAUGAAGUGAACAACCUAAGAGAGACCAUCAUACUGCAGCUUGGUUACAUCCAAGACCUCCAGGUCCAGGUAGCUGCUUUGGACUGUGAGAUCUUAAAACUGGAGCAACAAGCUCAAAUCAGAGAAGAUGAGCAGAAGCUGGCUAAGGACGAAGAGGAGCAGGUGAGGUUCUGGGAGAACGAACUGAAAACCGAAGAAGGAUUCGAGAGAGAUUUACAACAUCAGUUUCUUGAAAUGAAGGCAAGAGUUGCAGACUGCAAGACCAGACUUGACUUGUGUGGAACUCUCAAUGUUGACUCAGGAAUCAAACACUCCUUAAACAGUCCAGAAACUGAGACCCGCCAUUGCCUGCCAUUUGAGACUCAACUAAAUGUAAAUAUCAACAGGAAGUGGACGCCCACAGGAAAUCUCAACCCUCAUUCUUCUUCUCCUGCCAGUCAGAUAAAGGAGCGGAGACCCACUGGACCCGCAGAGCUCAGAGAAUGGUGGUCACGUUGGUCUGAGACCCACAGCCCAAAACCUAACAUGAAGAAGACUGAGAUCCACCGCUCGGAACUCACUAUUUAUUUGGCUAGCACCAAAGUCUAAAUACAGUGAUUUUCAACCACGGCACACUAGUGUACCGUGAGAAACAGUCAGGUGUGCCGUGAGGAAUUAUCCAAUAUCACUUUUUAAAAAAUUAACAUUUAGUAAUCAUCAUUUGACUCCGGUUUCCUCCCACAUUCCAAAAACAUGCUAGGUUAAUUGGCGACUCCAAAUUGUCCAUAGGUAUGAAUGUGAGUGUGAAUGGUUGUUUGUCUAUAUGUGCCCUGUGAUUGGCUGGCUGGCCACUAGUCCAGGGUGUAACCCGCCUCUCGCCCAAAGACAGCUGGGAUAGGCUCCAGCAACCCCCGCGACCCUCGUGAGGAGAAGCGGUAGAAAAUGAAUGAAUGAAUAAUCAUCAUUUGCAAAUAUUAUGUCAAUAGUAUACAUGGACCCAAAUAUUCCAAUUGCAUUUGGUUUAUUUGCAUUUGGACUAAGCAAAGUUUGUUUUUGAUUCAAACUAAAAUUCAAGACUGGACAGACGAAAAACUGGCAAUAGAGUUAUUCCAACAAGUGAAAGAAAAACUCGGGGAAGUCGGUAUCACGGUUGGUAUGAUGUUGAUGUUUACGUUUUACUGGGCAUGCCCCAUUGACUAUUCUGGUUGAUUUCACGGCACAUGUAGACAAGCGAUUGGAAUAUUCCUUUGCAUGUAUACCAUUGUUUUUGGAAAAGUAAUUCGGAAACAGGAAAAACUCCUUAUAAUGUAAAUAUGGCUAGUGUUAACCAGAAAUAAAUCCGUUAUCCGCACCUAUUUGGAUCGCUACUAGUUUAUAAAUGAGUGAUAAUACAUACAUACAUGUGCCACUACAUUAUUUUUAAAUGUUUAUGUCUUGCAUUGCGAACAAUGUUUCAUCAAGCAUUGCGAUUUCGCUUCUGGAUUUACAAUCGAUAUUCAUUACUGUCGUGUACUAACUAACGUGUACAUUUGAAUACUUUUAAAUGUGUUUACUGACAGCAGUUUGCAAGUUUUGAUUCUGCUUUUUAAGUAUGAAGUGUCCAUAAUCUGACUGGAAUCUUUCCAUGGUGUCCUAACUCUAUCCCUUUAAAUCCCCCUAUAUAAAACCAACAGAUCAUUUUAGGGUUUAGAGAUGAAUUGGAACACUAAUAUUAAUUAAGUGAUCUGAUAAAGUGACUUAUUGGCUUGUAUGAUGCACAGAGCAAUGAGCAAUUUGGCGCUGUGUCCAACCUCCUGUUAUAUAGAAAUUAAUACAAUGUUAAAUUUGUUUUGAUGUUGAUGUUUACGUUUUACUGGGCAUGCCCUAUUGACUAUUCUGGUUGAUUUUCAUGGCGCAUGUAGGCAAGAGAUUGGAAUACUCCUUUCUAUGGAUACCAUUGUUUCCCGAAAGGUCAUUCGGAAGGACAAAAAAUGGUCAUGUAAAAACGUGGCUACUGUCGAGUGUCUGUGGCGAAAAGACUGGCAUAGCAAUAUUGUAAUAUUGGUCCGUUUGGCAACAGCUACCUUGUUCCUCCGAUAGACUUAUUGAUGCACGUGUGAGGUCGUGGUGACAUUUUGUAACAUUUUUUGGUUAGUGGUGUGCCACAAGAUUUUUCCAAUGUAAAAAAAAAAACGUGCCGUGACUCAAAAAAGGUUAAAAUCAAUGGACUCUUCUUCAUUAUUGAACUCAAAACAAAGUCUAAUUGAUUUCCAUAAAACUUUUAAUUUGUUUAUUCAUUCAAGACCAUUAACAAAAGUACACCAGAACCUGCGUAUGUGGUUCAACUGAAGCCCAGUGAUCUCUGAAAGUUAUUUUCCACCAGUAAAUUGUAAUGUGCAGACACAAAACAAAAACACCGGUAUUUUUCCUUAUGUUGUCUUAUUUUUAACUUAGUCUCUAAUACCUUACUUUUUUCUCCCCCGUCCCGCCCCAUUAAGUUAAAUUUGUUCUCUUAUAUAUGAAGUCUGACUUUUACUAAGGAAAAAAAAAAAAGCACACAAUACAUACAGUAUAGUUCAACCCACAGGUUUGGGAUGCAUAUCAUUGUCUUCUCUAUUAGAUAAGAAAGCCAUCCUAAGAUUGUUCUUUAUGUUGGCGACUGGCUGGGAACCUAACUAUAUAUUUUUUUCAUGUCUUUUUUUUUUUUAAUGCUUCCUUCCCUCCACCUUUGUUUUGCUUGUUGAAGUUUUUUUUUUUUUUAGGCACCUUGUUAUUUAAUGAGUUUCAAUGAAAAAAAAAAAAAGUACAAAAAGAAUGACAGGUAUAAGAUGCCACAAGGAAUUCUGCACCUGGGAGAAAUUGCUUUCGUGGAGCUUGUGAAUACCAAAAAAAGUAUCUUAAAAAGGCUCCAGGUAGUUACAAGUAAAUUCCUGACACACACACACAAACACACACACACACACCAUGCUUUCAAAUUGCUGUUAAGUAAAGCAUUUUCAAAGCUGCUCCAAAAAAAUGAGCAGAACAAGAAGAUAUCGGUUGAAGCUGGUACAUAUGAGAAAUAUGAUCCUCCUUAUGGAGGGAACUUUGCUUUAUGCAUUUUGUAGGAAAGCAUACAGUAGCAGAAACCUCACCGUUAAACCGUUUUCAAGUGUCUGUGUGGGCAGAAAGAAGCAAAAAAAAGGAGAUAACAUCAUGGGAAAAAAAAAAAAGACACUUACGAAAAACAUGCAGGCCAAACACUGUCAACUUUCAGUCGGAAACACGUUUACAGGUGCAGAAUUCCAAACUAAGCAAAGAAAGGAAAAAGAAAAAAAAACAAGUCGGGAUAAAGACAGCCACAAUUCUCUCAUUUUCGGGAUGAGCCCCACUUCAAAACAAAGCUGGGUGACAACACACAUGCACACGCUAAAAGAUCUCAAGUGCACGCAUCAGGAACAUCAUACACAACAGGGGUGGGGGUGGGUAGGGUUAGCCCACAUUUAUGGAUAGUGACAAAGAUUUCAACAGGGUAAAUUUGCUGCAUGUGUGGUUGUAAGAGUCAUGUGAUAUUUGGGGUUUCACUUAAUCAAUCACCCCCCUACCCCCCAUUCCCACCCCCCUACCAGCACCCAAUAGGUAUUGCUCAGUCAAUGACACCAGGCUGUCGAGUCUUGCGCUCCACAUUGAAGCCCUGCACAAGAGAAACACAUGUUUAUGUUAAUAAGCAUAUUUCAUGUCAUGAUUUUCAAAUAAUUUGAUGUUUUAUGAAGUGAUUUUCCCCUUCUUUGCUGUCAACACUUUGAAUUAGCUUGUGUUCUAUAAAUAAACUUAUCUGACCUAAUUGAAGAGUGACAUCUAUUUGAGUAGGGCUACUAUCUGAGGGAACGUGGAAAAAUAAAAAUGACUUGGGAGCUCAAGGGGCUGCACGGCGGAAAAGUGGUUAGCACACAGGCCUCACAGCUAGGAGACCUGAGUUCAAUUCCACCCUCUGCCAUCUCUAUGUGGAGUUUGCAUGUUUUCCCCGUUAAUUCUCCAAAUUGUCCAUAAGUAUGAAUGUGAGUGUGAAUGGUUGUUUGUCUAAAUGUGUUUUGUGAUUGGCUGGCCACCAGUCCAGGGUGUACCCCUGCCUCUCGCUUGAAGACAGCUGGGAUAGGCUCCAGCACCCCCCACAACCCACGUGAGGAUAAUGAAUGAUAAUAAAUGAAUGAAUGAAUAUUAUCAUGAAGGCUGGACGAGUGGUUAGCACACAGGCCUCACAGCUAGGAGACCCAAGUUCAAUUCCACCCUCUGCCAUCUCUGUGUGGAGUUUGCAUGUUUUCCCUGUUUUUCUCCGGACACUCCAGUUUCCUCCAACAUUCCAAAAACAUGCUAGGUUAAUUGGGACUACAAAUUGUCCAUAGGUAUGAAUGUGAGUGGGAAUGGCUGGGAUAGGCUCCAGCACCCCCGCGACCCUUGUGAGGAUAAGCGUAGAAAAUGAAUAAAUGAAUAUUAUCAUAAAGGCUGCACGGCGGAUAAGUGGCUAGCACGCAGGCCUCACAGCUAGGAGACCCGAGUUAAAUUCCACCCCCUGCCAUCUCUGUGUGGAGUUUGCAUUUUCUCCCCGUUUUUCUCCGGGUACUCCGGUUUCCUCCCACAUUCCAAAAACAUGCUAGGUUUUUGGAAAUGUCCAUAGGUAUGAAUGUGAGUGUGAAUGGUUGUUUGUCUAUAUGUGCCCUGUGAUUGGCUGGCCACCAGUCCAGGGUGUACCCCGCCUCUCGCCCAGCACCCCCCGCGACCCUUGUGAGGAUGAGCGGUAGAAAAUGAAUGAAUGUGAGCUCAAGGUACCUUUGAAUUGUCUGGACCACGGGGCUGUCUGACGAUGACAAGACGUGGGGCGCUGGCGUCGUCCAGAGUGAUGCUCUUCAAUCUGUUGACCAAACGGUCUGGACGCGGAGUCACCACAGGUUUUGGCCCCUCACUGCAACACAUCGUGUUUAGCUUCUUGCCUUCAUAAAUAAAUCAACAGGAUCAUUCCAUCAUUACCUGACUCUGCGGACAUUGCAGGCACUACAUUUUCCCGUGCGUUGAUUGAAGACUACCGAGAACUCCACCUCGUCUCCGGUCUGGAGCUCCAGGCCGUCUUGCACUUCUUUGACAUGGAAGAAAAGCUUCUUGCUUUCACCCACUUCAUAUGUAAUGAACCCAAACUAAAAAGAACACAACAAUGUCAGACUCUUUUUGGCCGUAACAUUUCCCUGUAUGAGUAAAGAGUGACAGCCACCUGGUCUUUGACACACUCCACCAAGGCUCGACGUUGUGGAACCACAUUGCAGGCCAUCUUCUGUCCAGUCUGGGAUAUUGUGCAAACCUGGAACUUCACCUGUUCUCCUUUCUGCAGACAGUCGGCCUUAUUUGCCAUACCCAUGAUUCCAAAGGGAUAGGUCUGGCCUUUACCUCCACCUGACACAAACAAAAGACUAAUUAAUAAUGAAAUGAUUCCUUCUGGUUAAGAGAAGUGUGCAUCAAAAGAUGACACCCCACCUUCUUCUAGGACUUCAAUAAGUCCUUGGUACUCUGUCUGAGAGGGAUCCACACUGCGUAUUGGACGGAUGACUUUACCAGUCAUCACUGUUGUACUAACAUCUUCACCUAUGCCGUUCACUGAAAAUAGUGGGAUUGUUUUUAGUUACAUGCCUUAACAUGACUUUUUAAGAAUGUUGUAACACUAAUACGUCUGUUUCUGAGCACUAAAUCUGAUUAAGCUAUGCUAGUGUUGCUAACGCUUGUGUCCUCCCAACAGAGUCAAUGUUACGUUGUUGUAUAUGAUACUGUAUAUGGCAUAUAUAUUAUGUUCAACACAGCUUAAGAGACAAGCUUUCCAAUGCAUUAUUGCAGGACAUCUGAGACGCAUAAAAUUAUAUGCAAAAAAAAUAUACCUGCAGCCACUUUGUCAACUUUUUCAGCACUGACUUUAUUUCCUUUUCCCUUUGAAAGUGAAUACUCCACUGUGUCGCCCAGUUCAAGGCUAUCCAAGUCUCCACUCAUUUCACUGAAGAGAAUAAAAACAGCACAACAACAUCCUUAGUUUACAAAUAUUAAUAAACAGCCAUAUAAGAACUUCAAAAGUUACCUAUAGUGAAAGAAGAUCUCCUGGUCAUGAUUGGCCGUCUCAAUGAAGCCAAAGUUAUCCUUCAGAGUGGCGAUGAAACCCUGCAAUCGCUUGCUAUUGGAGGCGUUGCGGUUCAUGACCCUGAUGGAGACUGCACUUUGCUGGCCGCUUCUUUUCACUUCGUUGAUAGAGAACU